AUGGUAAUUGCUACUAGGACUUUGCGUGGUGAGGCCUUGAAGAAGCUGGCGCAAUGCGUAGGCUCUUCGAAUGUGCACACUGAUACUACCAAAAAUGAUAUGAAUGACGCUGAUGACACUUUGGAGAUGAUCAUUAAGGCACUGCCAAUUUACUACUCUACAUCUCCUGCAAAGCUGUAUACCAUCCCAUUAAAUAUGAAUGAGUGGGAAAUCAUCGUUGGUAUAUGUGCCUCUGUUCCGGAUUCACUAUCGAGGACUCUUGAAAUCUUGGAGAACACAGUGGCACCAUACUUCUUGCAUUCACCAAGGCAACGUAUC